AGAGUCUGAAGAUGGUUUGGAGGGUAAACCCUGCCCACAAGAGACUUCAAGGAAGACUUGAUCAAAUGCGGAAGUAAGCCUUGUUCAUCAUUUCACUAGUGUCCAGUGGCCACUGUGAAAAGUUGUCAAAAAAUUCAAAGUUUUAGUUUUCAAAAUCGAACAAAUUAUACAGCACCAUGUAAAAGUUCUGUCAAAGUGAAAGUUCAUUUUUUUGGUGACAACAUAGGGUUCCAUCCACAGAAUUAAUAGACUGCUUAGCGGGUGCCUUUUCUCUUAAAAUCUGUCCAGUUCUUAUCCCAACCAGUGCAAUUGCAAAUAAAAACAUCACAAUAAGGGAUUUUUAGAAUGAGACGAGAAAAGACGGGCCUCUUAUGUUUUCUUCUCGGGCUUACGCCCUUGUUUAUUGUGACUUGUGUUUUGGCUACUUGCGUGCAUCGGUUACUCAUGGACUAACUUUGCAAAAAAAAUAAGAGACUGCUUGCAGUCUGCAGAAUUAAAAGUAAGAGUGUCAACUGACAUUAUCCUGCAAUAUAACUUGGCCUAGGAGUUAGAGAGUUUAUUUAUCAAUAAAAUACAAAAGAAAUGUUAUAAAUCUGCUACAUGGAAGCUAAGAUUUUGCUUGAUUCACUGACAUUUAGGUUCCGCCGCCAGCAUGAGCAACUGCGUGCUGUGAUUGUUCGUGUUCUUCAGCCUCCUGCUGUCAGUCAAGCAACUCCCUCCAGUCCGGGUGGUCCCCCCAAAAAUGUUGAGGAUGAAGAGGCUAAGCCAGAAGCGUUGCUGGAUCCAGCUGAUGCUAAUGCAAUUCAGGAAGUAAACCUUGCAUAUGAGAAUGUCAAGGAGGUUGAUGGACUUGAUGUGUCAAAAGAAGGUUCAGAGGCUUGGGAAGCUGCCAUUAAAAGGUUGGUAAACUUUGUGGUUAAAAUGAAUUGAUAUUCAGCUUGUACAGUAUACCUUGUCAUCUUUCUGGAAGUGUAUUGGCUUACCAAGUUUCUGUGUUAUGAAGUAGGGAGAAAAUGACCCAGAUAUUCAGUGUAUUAGAUUUAAAGGUCUGGGUUUUAGUGUUCACCACUCCAUUGCAUUGUUUUUUGAGACACAUAUUUUGCCCUUGUUGGUCAGGUAUGAUGAGCGCAUUGACAGAGUGGAAACACGGAUC